UGUAUUUGUAGUCAACAACAACUAUAUUUUUAUGACAACCCACCGUGAAAUCACCGCCUUUGACAAUAUUCUGAUUACCAAUCUUCAUUUGACCUUCCACCCCGAGAUGCUCCCUUUGAUUAUAUAACCCCCCAGUGUAGGUUAAAGCUCAGCUAUUAGCUAAUGGAGGGCAGUGACGAGACGGGUAGGGUUGCGAGACCACAACAUCAUUUAGACAUUCCCAAUUUCAGUUCAGGUCAGAUAGGUUUACCCAUGAGGCAGUUAUCGCCGAGCCCGAGUUCCGAGAAUUCCAAAAGACUUGGUAUCCCUCCUUCCCACCCUAACAACCCCAUGAGGCCUCAAUUGCCUUCAUGGCAAAUGGGUUCUCAGAAUUUGAGCUCAGGAGGUUCGGCUCAUUCAAGGUCUUUGUCUCAGCCAUCUUUUUUCUCACUUGAUAGUCUGCCUCCUUUGAGUCCUUUGACCUCGUACCGGGAGCCCUCGGCUUCUUCGCUUUCGGACCCGAAUUCGGUGGAUGUUUCCAUGGAGGAGUCUGUGGUGAACUCUCAUGCUCAGUCGCUUCGGUCGCCGGUGACUGACAGCAAUCCUUUUUGGGCCGGCGACGGGCUUCCUCCGAGGAGGGGACACAGGAGGUCCAACAGUGAUGUGCCGUUGGGAUUCUCGGCUGUGAUUCAGUCGUCGCCGCAGUUGAUUCCGAUUGGGCGCAGGGCUAGCUUUGAUGGGAAGGAGAGUUUGGGGAUUGCGAAGCCGGGCCAGCUGGUGAGGCAAGGAUCAAAUGGGGAUGGGAGCAACAAUGGUGAAGUAAUGGGGGAUAGAAAAUCGGGCGGGGAGGUUGUGGAUGAUUUGUUUAGUGCUUAUAUGAAUUUAGAGAACAUUGAUAAAAUGAACGAGGAUAAGGAUUUGGAUAGUAGGGCAAGUGGCUCCAAGACAAAUGGGGGUGAGAGUAGUGAUAAUGAGGUGGAGAGUGGGCUAAAUGGGAAGUGGUCAGGUUCUGGUUUUUUGAAUGAGAAGAGGGAAGGGGUGAAGAGGACUGCUGGUGGUGAUGUUGCGCGCACCGUCCGACACUGUAGGAGUGUUUCAAUGGAUAGUUACAUGGACAAUUUGAAUUUCGAUGAAGAACUGCUGAAGCCUCUACCGCUGGGAAGUCAAGUGGGUCAGCAGUCACCUAGUGCUUCGGUAGAUGGGAACUCAGCAAAGUUCAGCAUGGAGUUUGGAAGUGGUGAGUUCAAUGCAAUUGAGCUGAAAAAGAUUAUGGAAAGUGAAAAGCUUUCGGAGAUAGCUGUAUCAGAUCCUAAACGUGCAAAGAGGAUUUUAGCUAACCGUCAGUCAGCUGCUCGUUCCAAGGAGCGGAAGAUGCGAUACAUUGUAGAAUUGGAACACAAAGUGCAAACUCUGCAGACUGAGGCAACCACUUUAUCUGCCCAGGUUACUAAGUUGCAGAGGGACUCUAUGGGUCUUACAAGUGAGAACAAUGAGUUGAAAUUUCGUCUUCAAGCCUUGGAGCAACAGGCGCAACUUAAAGAUGCUUUAAACGAGGCCUUGACUGGAGAGGUCCAGCGACUUAGAAUUUCUGCUGCGGAACUCGGAGGAGAAGGCAACCUGUCAAACCGCAUGUCCCAGCAGCUUUCAAUUAAUCAACAAAUGCUCCAACUACAGCAACUCAACCUCUACCAGAUGCAGCAGCAGCCGCAGCAGCAAACUCAACAACAGAUAAUGCAGCAGCCACAGCAAAAUCAACUACCUUCCCAUCAGCAGAAUGGCAAUGCUGCUAAGCAUGAGUCAAUGCAAUAGCCGGGUUCAGAUGUCGGCAUGUGUCAUUCGAAGGUUAAUGAUGGCUAAAUUCGUUUCUAAUAUCAGUAGUAUGAGUCAAUAUAAUUGUCCAAAUUUAUCGACAUAUUUAUGUAUUGUAAUUAAAUUUACUUGAAAGGUAAGAACAUUUUUUGGUUUAUUGGGUUGGCUAUUGUGUUGAAAGUUUUACAAGGGAAAACAUCAAGCCAUGGAGAAGUGUCAUGUAGAUUUUGUUUGGGGAUUUCCGAUUGACUGUUUUUAUUA